UCACGCAGUCAACCACAUAAGAAGGAUUGGUGAGGACGCGCACACACUCACACACACGAUGGCUCACCACUGCAACACACUGUAGUGCUCUGGUUCAUUUCUUUAGAACAAGAUAAAUGUUGGAGGAUGGUGCUUCAUGUCGCAAAGCUCGAAAGGAGGAACAAGGGUACACAUGCCAUCGGCUGAAUAUCACAACAUCCUUAAACAUCCACGCGCCAUGAAUGUCACGCCGUUGCAGAGCAACCUCUCUGCCGGCGGCAACAACACCAGCCAAAACCACGAAGUGUACAACAAGGUGCUGCUCUCCAUCUACACGGUGGUGCUGCUCAGCGGCAUCACGUGCCUGGUUCUGACGAUGCGCGUCCUGAAGUUCGCCAGCCACUCGCUGACCACCAUCGCCGUGCUCAACCUCGUCUUCGCCCAUUUCCUCUUUCUGGUCACCCUGCCCUUCCGCAUCUACUACUACGCCGUGGGCCGGUGGACCCUGGGCGACGGCCUGUGCAAGGCCGUCAGCAGCAUGAUCCACGUCCACCUCUACAUGUCCUUCGUCUGCUACGUGGUCAUCCUGGUCACGCGGCUCCUGCUCUUCCACAAGCGGGCCAACCAGGUGGAGUUCCACCGGCGGACGCACGCGCUCUUUGGCAGCCUGGCCAUCUGGGUGGUGGUGGUGGUGGUCCUGCCCUGCGUCAUCUCCUUCACCUACGGCAACAUGAACACCCUCAAUGAGACGUGCUUCGAUUUCGGCAACCAGAUCAAGGAUGGCGCCAAGGCCCUCAACUAUGUGAGCGGCUCGGUGGUCAUCGCCGUGUCCGUGGUACUGACCGGCCUGCAGGCUCACGUGCUGCUAGUGCUCUACCGGGAGCACGGGCGCACCUGCUUCGGCCAGCAGGUGUUUGCCGCGCAGCUGAAGAGCCUGUGUUUCGCCCUGGUUAUGAUGGUGUGUUUCGUGCCCUACCACAUGUUCCGGAUGUAUUACAUCUCCCACCUGAAAUGCCAGCACAUCAACGAGGUGUUCCUGAGCCUCACCACGCUCAACUGCCUGGACAUGCUCACCUUCCUGGGGAAGGGCACGUGGGUGUGGUGCUAUAAGUGAUGGGGGCUCAGUGUGGGGGGGGGGGGGUGCUGGGGGGGUGUGUGUGUUGUGGAUGAGAGAGAAUCGGAGGGAAAGAAAGUUUUGAGGAAAAAAAAGGAUGUGGCCUGAAUAAAGGAAGAAAGAUAUUGUUUUCUUUGAGAGAGAGAGCCAGUGAGAAAGAGAGAUACUUGUGUCUCGUCUUUUCUCUAAACCACUGUUUUACCCAACCAGUGUGCUGUAACAUUGGUUGGAGUUGCUUUAUUAUUGAUUAAACGUUACACGUGAUGUAAGUCGUAAACUUG